GGAGUUUCUCUUAGUGUAAAUUCCCUUAGAUUUCUAGCCAGCGUCGUUUUUCUAGUUAGGCAGGGUUCGAUACCCUCGUUUUCGGAGCAACGUCAAAGGGGCGUCUCCCCGUGGUAGAGUUCCUCUUUAAAAUUUCAGUACAACAUUGCCCCCAUUUCUCUACGCUUGAAGGUGUCACCCAGCCAAGUAAAAUCCUGUUAAUAUUCACACUUUAUGCACCGAAGAUCAUGUGGGCACAAUGCCCUGAUCCGAUAAGAUUGGAAGGAGAUGUGAUGCUCACCUUCUGUGGGCAUCACUAGCAAAGCAGAAGAUUCUUGUUUCCACCUGGUGAGCCCAACAGGAUGGCUUUCCAUAUUAAACUUCGACACCCUCAAAGAAUUCGUCAGUCACCACCCUGCAAAUUCACACCACCCAGAACCCAGGUGGCUCUCCGGUCUCGCCGGCGAGAUGACCGACGGUCGCCGGCCGGACGGGAGCUACGGGCUGGAGUACGGCCCCUUGCCUCCUGAGCAUGAGUACGCCUUGCACCGGCACCUGCCGUCCAGGGGGAGGGCCCCUUGGCCUCUGCAUUAUCAUGGAGAUUACCCUGGGAGGCUAUUGGAUCAAAGAUUGAGAAGAGAACCAUUUGGAUUUCCCAGGCACCCUCUGCAACCAUAUGUACCGUUCCGAAUCCACCAUGUCAAUGGAGGCGGUGGUGGUGUCGCGACAGUAAACCCGAGAAGGCGGCGAGAAAGCCCUGGAUUAAGUAAUGAAGAGUUCAGGAAGGCCAUAGAUCAGCUCAGCAAGCAGGAAUACAGACCAUCAAACCCUCAGAAGAAGAGAGGAGGCAGAGGCACCCUCCAGACCAGGAGUGCAAGAGCUGAGGCACCAGCAGCAGUCACAGAAGAGGAGAAAUCAUGCACCAUAUGCCUGGAGACAUUCCUGCCUGGAGAGCAGGUGCUGGUCACACCCUGCAACCACAUGUUCCACCAGGGGUGCAUCACGCCCUGGGUGAAGUGGCACGGCAACUGCCCCUUGUGCCGGUUUGCACUCUGCGAGAGGAGGAACACUGUCGCCGGUGACAUCAACAGCAGCAAUGGUGAAGAUGGUAGGGUAGAUCUGGAUGUGAUGGCGAGGGCCAUGGAGGAGUCCUUGAGUCGGGUAAGACUAUCCGACCUCAUGUCAUACCACUAGGGUAGUGUUUGGUUUGUGGGACGGGACGAAGUGGAUGCAUCUCGUUUUUGAGCUGUUUGGAUAGAGAGUAGUGUGAUGAAAUAAUUCAAAAUCAGAAAAUAUUCUUCAAAGAUUCAGGAUUGAGCCGUUCUAAAAAAUAAUAGAACACAGCCAUCCCACUUCGAACGUGACACUGACAAUAGACUCAAGGUACUAAAAUGAACUCGUUCCAUCCUACCCACCAAACAAGCAUUUAUAUAUAAAUGAAAUUAUCUCAUCCUCAAAUAUAUAAAUAGAAUCAUCCCAUCCUAGCUCGCUCUCCAUCCAAACACUACCUAGAUGAAUUGACAUCAGGUCAUGAACAUGAACAUGUAACAUGUCAUACUGUUGCGUU